AUGAAUGGACAACAUUCUGGGCCAGGAACGCCAGUUCAACGCCCAGCAAGUGGUCCUGUAAAUCAGGCAGCUUUGAAUCAGCAACGAGCAAAUCAACUUACGAAUUUAUUACAUACAAUGUCUAUUUAUCAACAAAAUGCACAAAAUUUGGGAUUAAAUACACCGCAAGGCCAAGUGUAUUUGUUACAAGCACAAGCUAUUCGCCGUCAGCUUCAAGCACAUGCGCAAUCGGGGCAACUACCAAACCAGCAACUCUUGCAACAGUUGCAAGCUAAUGGAUCGUUUCAACAGCGUACCCCAGAACCAAAUGCCGUCCCGCCUCGUUCUCGACACCAGUUGAGUCCUCAAGAACAAACGAUGCUAGUUGUUCGACAUAGGCAACUUCAAACUGCUCAAAAUUACUUGACAGAGAUGAAGGAAACGCAUGAAAGAAUCAAGAAGGAGCUUACAACUAAUGAGAACCUUGACUCUUCGACUCGAGAAACAUUGGUGAAACAGGAAUCUGAAUUGACUGUAAAGAUUGCUCAAUACACGGCUGCUAUUUCGAACGGAAUUCGUUCUAUUCAACAAUUACAAAAUCAGCAACUACCGAAUCGCCAAUUAUCGGGAACGGUAAACAAUAGCGGUUCUGUUACACCAAACAGUGCUUUAGGUGCUGAUGCUAGAAGUGCAACAAGCACUCCUCAGUUGCAGCGCUCUCAGUCUCAACCAAACGCGAACCAACAAAAGACACCAUUUGAUAAUCCACUGGGGAAUACAGCAGUUACUGACUCAAACGUGGCGAACACUUUGAAUGUAGAAGGUGCAGACGCUGGCUCCUCCACUCCUCAGCAGGCUGGGAGCAUGGAUAGCAAAAUGCAAAACUCUUCUUUUAUGACAAAUAAUCAUUUAGGGAAACUUGAUGCGAAGUCUCCUGUCCCAUUUGCUAUGCCUCCUGGACGGGCAACCCUAACUGGUGGCUAUGCUUCUGGAAAUGUCGGUCUCAGUACCCCAGGUCUUGCUCGUGCUCCGCAUUACGAAUUAGACAAUGGAAAUCGCCUUUUGUCGAAAAGAAAAUUAAACGACUUAUUGCAACAAAUUGAUUCCGAGAAGCAUUUGGAGCCUGAGGUGGAAGAAUUGUUGCUUGAAAUUGCUGACGAAUUUGUGGAAUCGGUUACAAAUUUCGCUUGUCGUCUCGCAAAGCAUCGUAAGUCUGAUACGCUGGAUAUGAAAGAUGUCCAACUUCAUUUGGAGAGAAACUGGAAUAUCCGUUUACCUGGCUUCGCUAGUGAUGAUGUUGUGAAAAGUGUUCGAAAGUCUGGCCCUACGCCUUCUUACCAGCAAAAACAAGGCGCUGUUGGUACUGCGAAAGCUCUAAGUAAAGAUUAA